AUGGGCGAUGAUUCUUUAUUAUUACGGGAAGAUGGUUAUAUACGUAUGAACUUUCCUGUGACUUCUUUAACGUAUCAUAGUAAUUUAAAUAUAAUUUUGGUGAAGACUGACGUUGGUAGUGUACACGUUUUGGAUGUGAAUUCUGGUGUGAUUCUUCAGUCAUCUUGUCUAUCAGCGGAUGAGAGCGGUGCACUUGGUGUUGAGUAUGCAUCGGGUGCCGACCGUGUGUUCUUAUGGGACAGCAGUGGUGUUGGCGCUCGAACAGACUACAAUGGGGUGCUGUUGCUGCAUACUGCACUGCAGCGCCCAUUGCCAUCCACUCAACCGGAUAAUAUUAUAAAGAUUGAACUUGUCUUGUCAGAGGCGGUGAUCCUGUACCAGUGCGUGCAGAGUCUGGAUGUACACUCGAUUGAGGGGCUAUCGGACUUUAUAAACGCGCUUAAAAGUGCCAUUGAUGCCGAACCGGUUCGGAAAGGCGUCAAAGCUCAAAAAUGGAGCACAGUGACUAUCUCAUUGCCACAAUCCACCUUCCGGCUGGUGACUUCUGGUGUGGUACAGGAGCUCAAAGGGCAAAACAGGCGGAUUCCAGCACUUGCCAUCGCCUCGGCGGUGGGGCAACGCGCCAAUGAACUGAUGCCAUGCUCUCGAGAUGAGGAGUCGAGGGCGCUUAUGUACUCAGAAGCUGAGAGGAAGGAAACAUUUAAGCGAUGGCCACAUAUGGAUUAUAAAUGGGCGCUGCCAGCACGCAUGGCGCAGGCGGGCUUCUACCACCAGCCGUCGCCGAGCGGUGACGACCGCGCCAUGUGCUUCACGUGCAUGGUGUGCCUCGUGUGCUGGGAGAAGUCCGACGAGCCGUGGGUCGAGCACGAGCGCCAUUCGCCCAGCUGUCCCUUCGUGCGCGGCGAGUACACACACAACGUGCCUAUUUCUGUAACAAAUGCCACCGCGUGUGCCGUGCCCUGUCCGAACAUAACAGUGGUAUCUAAGGGCAACACAGGCGACCUGAUCGCCACCGGCACCGCCGAGGGCAAAGUCAACGUAUGGCGAUUUGACUGCGGACUCAAGCUCGUUAAGUUCAUUCACCUGUCCGCCUACGAUUCCAUCUUUAGCGGGAUACUUGCUACUGACUCUAACAGGGUCUGGUCGGCAAGCUUAGAGAAAGACACUUCCACCUAUGGCAUCGAACUAACAGCGAUGGCGUUUGUUGGCAUGACUUCAAAGCAGGAAAGUUACCCACAAACACAAAACAGCGAAAACAACGAGAAAGAAACGAGUAACAGCAAAACGAAACCGUCUCUCGUAUGCGGCGUCAUUGUCACAAGGACUAAUUCAGCUCAGUCUGAUCAACCUAUCAAAGAGGACACAAGUAAAGCAUUAUUCGAUUCAGGUGCAACAGACAAGUCUAAGGAAAGUAUUAAAGCCAUGAACGACCAAAACGAAGCAAAGAACAAUCAGGUUUCCUUGGAUAAAAUACUGUUUUUGUUAACCUAUGACAUAUACAGCUCUCUCGCUGGCUCUAUAACUACCGUAGUUCACACAUCUAACAGCAGUGGCAAUUCAAAACCCGGCGGCAGCAAGAAAGUGUGUCCUGUGGCUAGAACGGACGAUGCGAAUAUUUAUGACGAAAUUUACUUUCAGUACUCUGAUGAGGAUACUGAGCUUCCACAAUGCAGCAGUUUGAUAGAUGACCAAAUUAGUAAUGUUAUUAACUUAAAUGCGUCAUCAAGUAAAGAAGAUUCUAAGUUUUGGGAACCGAAAAAGAUUAUUUUCACAAAACAUUUCAAAGUACUCCCUCCAUCACCCCCUACUGCCCUGUUACCUGAGUUACCGGAAUCCGGACAAACAACAAUGCUUGACUUCGUCGGAAACAUUCCACAGCUCAAGAGUUGGAAAAGCGGCAAUUUGGAGUCCGUCGGCACAAAACUCGUUGAUCAGACCGAUGCGGCGCAAGUAGACCCCACUAUUACACCAACCAUCACUCAUUAUUUCAAUAUGAAUGGGCCUUUAGAAAUAUCUGAUUUGAAAUGGUAUGAAGAUGGAGAUGGAACAGAUAAAGUAAAAGUAGCUCCAUUCACUGCAAGUAAAGUUGGAACUCAAACAGCAGUAAGUAACAGCAACAACGACGGAUUUGAUAGUGAUCCACCACAAGAGGAAGUGGUGUCCCAGGGUGUAGCUGUUCAGUGCCUAAGUCUUCCAACCACAUUAAACCUGAAAGAUGAUUCUAGAGUAACACACUUACUACCAACAGAAGAUAAGGAACAUUUGUUGGUAGUAAUAUCGUGUAUUGAUCCAAGCAAAGUCAAAAUCGAAGAAGAAACAGAUGGAGACGGAGAUACAAAGAUGGAUGUUGAUGAAGUCUCCGAAACCGAUAAGACUGAGAAACCUGACACAAAUGCUUAUUUUAUAUUAUACAAAAUCAAUAGCAAAACUUCUGUUUACACUUUGGAAGAUAAUCCUGUUUCUGUUAAGGAAUUGCCUUAUAAUGAGAGCCCUGUAGAUUUAUGCCUACUACCGGCUGACAAGCACGACCGUUAUUCGUUCGCGGCUGUUGGGGUAGAUGGAAGCUUAAGGCUCUAUACAUUGCCCGAAUUUAAAAUACUGUCAGAGAAGCGAGUACCGAAAGGUCAGUUCACAUCCGUUGUGUACUGCGCGUCCGUCGAACGACUCAGUGUGUCCACAAAACACGGAAUGAUUUAUUUCUAUGCACUGAAUGAUGGCGACAAAGAUUCAACUGAAGACGUCAACGAAGACAAGUUUUCUAAUUUAUAUUAUGACAUGCUAUGGUAUGAAACGUCAGGCCCAACCACUGCACCUACUAUCAUUGCUAACAAGACUGAUUUGAACCUAGCUGAUUUAGAAACUUUAAUUUCAUUAACUGGCUUAUACGGCAUGAACACGACCGUGCCUUAUAGCACUGUAGUCCCAGGUUUUUGGUGCGAAUUGUCACCGGCUCAAAGAUCCAGAUCUGACCAACAGAACAACAGAUCAUGGAGACUUCAAAAUACGUCAUCAACAUGGGACGAGCAUGUUUUAGAGUUAACAAUGCCAUAUAGUGUUUCGCUUGCACACAUAGAAUUUGGCUUUACAUUGCAUUCAGCGAGCACAGUGAACUUGCCCGUGAUUCAGGUCACACUGUUAAAACAAAAUUUACAUGGGAUUGGAUACAAGAAGGAUGCGUCAUUCUGUCAGCGAUCGGACUCUCCGAUACAGUUCCCAGUUAUUGACGCCGAUUUGCCUAAUAUUGAAAAUCCUGUUAAUAGUGAGGAAUACCUUCAGGCUCACAAUGCAGAAAUACUUGCCGGUCCACUCUUGCUUUCUUCAGGACUUGACCUCACUCAGCAAUCUGGCACUUUGAUUUUGACGAGCCCACGCUUAUUCCGAGCAAGGGGCAGAACAUUCCUUAUCCACAUAAAAACACUCUUUGAUCCAGCUAAAGACAUGACUAAAGGGUCGAAUAGAACCGCCGAAAGUUCUAAGAAAUCCGGUUUUAUUGGUUGCGAUUGGUUGCAUCAAAUAUCGAUUACAGUGCGGUCAAGUCCCCAUACCGAAGUACCAAUGGAGCGGCAGCAACGUAUAGCAAUGCUUGAGUCUAAUAGUUUUUUGAACACUCUUUGUGAAAUUGCCACCAGAAAAGGAGGAAAUGAAGAAAGGAAGUUAGCAUUGGACUUACUUAACUGGGUACUGUCAAUACGGCUUCAGAGAAUGCGUUUGGCAAAGGCUGAUAAGAGUAAAGAUAAAGAUGCAGAAAGCCCAGUAGAAACGCAGCAGUUGGAAUGUAUAGCUGUUAUAGAGAAACACAUUGAUGCACUUGUGAAGAAUUGUAUCUUGUGUGCAAAUAGGAGCACUGCGAAGAAGUGCAUCAAAAUUAUACUUAUCACUAGCGAGGGCGUGAAGCAGCUCCCGAAACCUUGGAAGUCAACAUUCGAGCAGAGCCUCUCAAGCAGCGUGGUGACGUGGUUGCCGUACGUCGGUGCGUGCGAGUCCGCGGGCGCACUCAAGUGGCUGUGCGCGCUGGCGCAGCACGCCGUGCCGCGCCUCGCCGCGCCGCGCCUCGUCUCCACCUGCCUCGCGCUGCUGCACGACACCGCGCGCUGCCUGCACCAACGCACCAACGUGUACCACCAGCUGCUGCAGGCCAGGUUCGGCUUAUACGGCCUUCCACUAGAACGUACGAUCUUUACGACGGAGGCACCGGAGCUGGGUCGCGGCUCAUCUACGCCCGCCACAUACACAAGCGUUGUUACCGAUGAUACCAACAACACUCUAACCAUAAAGCCUGAUUACCAGCUCAAAGACCUGCUAAAUUUACCACUUGAUAUGGAGGGCAAGGGCGUAGGCGCGUGGAGCGGCGCGUGGUGGGCGGCGGGCGGCGCGGGCGGCGCGGCCAGCGCGGCGGCGGGCGCGGCGCUGCCGCUGCACGUGAGCUGCUACGUGGCGUCCGACGGCACCAAGCUGGAGUCGGCCGCCGCGCGCCAGCAGCCCGCCGUCGUCAGCGCGCUGCCCGCCGACACGCACCAGCUUUGGACAGCAGUUGAAGAGGGUCAAACCAAGCAACCAUCUCAAGCCCCUGACUCUUUUGACGAUGUCGAGAUUUCAAUGAUGGAGUGUGAUCCACAAGAAAAACCCGAAUUUACAGAGGACAAGUUCUUUAAGGAUCAAGAUCAGUGUGGCAUUCCUUGGGCGUCGCUGGUUACCAAACCUCCUCAGCACACACUGGUAGUGGAGCGGAUGCAUUCAGGAGCGAGACGAUAUAUUGUUUUGGACUUUGGACACACCAUUCGUCUUACUGAUAUUAUAAUCCCGUCGUGCUCGGAUCUGGUAACACUAUGCAUUGACAUCUGGGUAGUGGGCGAGGAGACUGACUGCGUCAAAUUGGCCUUCGCUACAGACAUCGCUUCUAAGCAUCUUGUCCUCACCGACAUACAGCCGCCGCCGCUCUGCCGAUACAUGAAGAUUACUACAAUUGGUCGUUAUGGCAUGUCAGCAAUGAAGUGUAAGAUCCCACUAGGCUGGUUUUAUGGUGAAAUUGCUGAAAUUGCUAAUGUGCAGGCGUCUAUCAAUGCAUUAAAUGAGUUGCAACAAGAUCUUAGCUGCAGAUUAAGGUUAGCAACAGGGAAGCUUAUGGACCUCUUGAACCCAUAUCUGGACCUGUACAAUGGAAAUGCAGCUCACAUGAUGGCCUAUUUCAACUUGGCUAAUGAGGCCGACCCUAAAGUAAUUACUGCAUACCAGGAGUGCAUAGAUCUGCAGCAGCAGUUGUACAACUGCAAUAAUAUACUGAAGAAACUUCAAAAUGGCUCAGACUGCAAUGAUCGAGCAGUCGAGGCUAUAACCAAGGGUCUCGUGACAUCAAAAUCCCUGCUUGAGAGAGCCUCGACUGAUAAACUGCGAGUUAUUGGAGAGAAUAUAGUUGAUAUGAUUCUGUACUUCCUGUUCCAAAUGGAUGAUGUGCAAAUACCGGAGGUGUCGCGCGAGUGGUGCGUGGCGGUGUCGCAGCUGGUGUGGUCGUGGGGCGCGCGCGGCGCGGCGGCGCUGGGCGCGCUGCUGGCGCGCGUGUGCGGCGCCGCGCGCUGGUGGGGCGACUGCCUCGCCGACGCGCUCGCCGCCGCCUUCUCCGCGCACGACGCGCCGCCGCUCGCCAUCGACAGAUGUCUAGUGGUAGUGAUGUACAUGUGCCGCAAGAGCAUGUACGCGCACGUGGACACUGGAGGCGUGGGCGUAGCGGGUGCGUUGGCCACGCGAGUGCUGUCGCUGCUUCAGAGCUCUGAGCCUCAGCCUGCAUUGCUGGCCGCGCUGCUCACGGCUCUGGCUUCUGUGCUUGAUGCUGCACAGCCACCACCGCCCCCACUUCAACACCAUGCCACACCAGGCGCACAGAGACACAAGAGGUGGGAGUGGGUGACAGGCGGCGUGGCGGGUGCGGCGGGCGCGGCAGGCGCGGGCGGUGCGGGGGGCGCGGGCGGCGAGGCGGGCGAGGCGCGCGCCGACUGCAAGCUGCCGCGCCGCAAGCUGCACAAGAAGCUGCUGCACCAGAUGCACGAGAUCGAGGCCGCGCGCCGCGGCGUGCAGCUCGCCUUCGAGGAGCAGCAGCGCGCUCGGCUUAACCUAAAAACACGGAUGGCAAUGUUUGGCAAACGAGGCAAUGGCAGCAGCAGCAGUAAAACAGAGGAAGCAGAGCGAGCGUCGCACCUGCUGAGCCCAGCACUAGCCAUCCAACUGGCACAGGCCUUGGUUGCACACAUUCUCGCCAUGGACAGCACUAUUGCUGGAGAGUCACUGCUGCUUUGCUCUAAAGUUGUUGGGCGACUGUGCUCUGCAAGCGGUGGCGCGUCGUUGUUGGAUCCCGACAGCGUGCUCGGGUUGGCACGUCUCGCCGUCACAAUGCCUCCCUGGCCCCGGCACGCGAUAACAACAUUGCUACAAGAUUUGGUCGAGUACGAGAACCCCGAGGGGUCAUCCAGUCCCAACAGCGAGGAGUGUUGGGGAGCGGCCGGCACGUCUCGCGUGGUGCGCGUGGCGCAGGACGACACGAGCGUCGGCCGCCCGCCGCGCAAGGCCAAGGGCGCUACUGUCGCAGAUUUGUUAGCAGAUAGUUUUGGUCUGACGAAGACCAGUGACGCUACCAAGCCAAAAACUGUCGAAACUACACCCGCGACCGCAAAUACAAUCAAGGACAUGGAGUAUCAACUUGGUCAAGUUGUGGAGUCGGAUGAUUCAGAGAGUGAAGAGAAGCCUGAUUUAGAUUUUCUGGAUGCGAUCAAGAAGGAUAACAAAACGAAACCCACAGUAGACAACUACAAUACAAGCAACAUAUCGUGCUGCGUGGACGCGCGGCUGGAAAGCGGUGCGGCGGCGGCGAGCGAGGCGCUGGCGCGGCGCCUGCUGGCCGCCACGGCCGGCGCGCUGCACGCCGCGCUGCGCGCCCCGCCGCCCGCGCCGCCGCCCGUCGCGCCGCCCGCGCCCGCGCCCCCCGCGCCGCCGCGCGCACACCCGCCGCUCGCGCACACGCUCUACGACGUGUUCAGGCAUCUCGCGCUCGAGUUCCCGCAUCAGCGAGACUGCAGCCUGAUGGAGAACGUGGUGUCGCUUUGGCUGACGCUGAACGGGUCCGCGUGGGGCGGCGGCGGUGCCUGGUCGCUGGCCGCACUCGCCGUGCCCGCCGACGCGCCGCGCGUGCGCCUCGCGCCCGACACCGUCACCGCGCUGCUGCAACAGCUCUGCACAUUAGAAAAUGUUUCUCUAAGAUGCUGGGUGUUAUCGAUGCAAGCAUUGGCGUGGAUUGCAGGUUUACCGCUUCAUACGGAGGGCAGUGUACAGACGAUUGGGCGAGUGAUACUUGAAUGCGAAUAUUUUGUGCCCGCUCUCGUAAAAUUCAUCUCGAUGGAUGUUAGCGCAGAUGGUGCUGUUUACUCGUCGGAACCAUAUCUUGGCGGGGCAGGGGCGGGCGCGGGGCUGGGCGCGGCGGGCGCGCUGGCGGCCGUGCUGUCGCGCGUGGUGAAGGCGCGCGGCGGCGCGGGCGCGCUGGCGGCGCUGCGCACGCUGGCCGCGCUGUGGACGCAGCGGCCGCCGCCCGGCGCGCACCACGCGCUCGACCUGCACGCCGCGCUGCUGCGCGCCGCGCACGCGCUGCUGCCCGCGCUGCCGCCCGCACACCUGCACCACGCGCUGCCGCUGCUGCGCGCCAUAGCGGCGCAAAGCUCGAGUUGGGUUCGCGAAACGAACGGGCCGGUGGGGGCGGCGGGCGCAAGUGGGGUGAGCGGGGCGGGCGGCGGGCGCAGCGAGGGCGGCGCGGAGGCGCGGCUGUCGGGGCUGCUGGCCGACGUGCUGGCGGGCGGCGCCGCGCCCGCGCGCCGCGUGCCGCCGCGCCGCGCCGUGCUGGCGCACCUGCUGCACCUGGCGCGCCGCCUGCUCGCCGCACACCUGCCCGCCGACGACGUGCGCGCCCAGGUCACUACUCUGCUGCACUGCUGCUCCGCACACUAA